AUGCAAUUUUCAUCACUUUUAUUGACUUCCACCCUUGCGGCCCUCGCUGCUGCCGAAGCUGUCACCACCACCAUCACAUAUUCCACCACCAUGUCAAUGGAUGGGAUGGCUUCCAUGGCAAUGAUUAUGACUACCACCAAAACUAUGGACAUGUCAUCCAGUACUAGUAUGAAUGGCACCACCAUGACCAUGGAUAUGAGUAGCAGCAGUAGCAAUUCCAGCAUGGCAACCAGCACAUCCGCUGCUAGUGGACUGAGUAGUACUGCUGGCGCAGCAAUGCUAGACAAAGGAUCUAUGGGGGUUCUUGGAGGAGCAAUGUUGGCUGGUGCUUUGCUAUUAGGAUAG